AAUGCCUUUUCCUCUGCCUGUUAUUGGAGUGAGUGCAGGUGUCGGCGUCUGCAUGUGAGUGUGUGUGUGAGAGAGAGAGAGAGAGAGAGAGAAAGGGAGAGAGAGAAAAGAGAGAGGCGCGUGGUGUCUCUUCUCCCCCCCUCUGGCUUCCCUUUCUCCCUGCUCCUUGCUGCUCCUUCCUUUUUUCCCUCCCCGUCCACCCCCCGCCUCCAGACGGACCCGUCCCGGACCCUCCACCCUCCGCCCUUUUGACUAUCCUCACUUCUCCAUCCCACCUGGCCCUCUGGAGCAGAUCAAACAACAAGGGACACAGCACUGCGGCACGUUGAAAAGACAACAUUUACGUCACGCGGACCAAGGUAUGAAUUGGCCUUCAGCCAACGCAGCAGAGGCUUGGACCCGGAAACAGUAUUAUCGAGUAUAUCUGUGUUCAGAUUUGGACCUCUCACAUGAGACAACAGCCACUGACUGAUUUUCACUCAAUAUUCUUUGCUUCAAGAAAGAAAAGUGAAUCGAGCCAAAGAAUAUUCAUACACCUGCACACCUGAGAAGAGAGGUAAAACUAUUCAGGUGGACCUGCACCGGAUAGACAGACUUCUUCCCAGUCUUCUGGAGGAGUGACAUCACAAGGUCACAUGACCUGGAAGAGAAACCCCGAGAGACCUCUAGGAUCCCUCUCUGAAUGGGCCGGUGAUCAGCCUGGAGAGAAGUGUAAAGGCUGAUGAACUGAUCCGCGCGGGUACGCCGCUGAGCUCGCGUUCCCUCUCUCCCCGCCGGGCCCUCCAUUUAUGCCCUGAGCUCCCGCAGCUGGGUGGAGCUCUGGUGAUUGGUUGGCCACUGUACCAUCACACUCUUCCUGCCCCCGGGGGACUCCAGUCACGUGACCUCACUCCUGUCUCACCGCCACUCCCAGCAUGGAACCCACCAAAGUCCAGUCAGAAGGCGGGCUGAACGUCACCCUCACCAUUCGGCUGCUGAUGCAUGGAAAAGAAGUUGGAAGCAUUAUUGGCAAGAAAGGGGAAACUGUAAAGAAAAUGCGUGAAGAGAGCGGUGCACGGAUCAACAUUUCGGAGGGGAACUGCCCGGAGAGGAUCGUCACCAUCACUGGUCCCACAGACGCCAUAUUUAAGGCUUUUGCUAUGAUCGCCUACAAGUUUGAGGAGGAUAUAAUCAACUCCAUGAGCAACAGUCCAGCCACCAGCAAGCCCCCCGUUACUCUGCGCCUGGUGGUGCCGGCCAGUCAGUGUGGCUCCCUCAUCGGCAAAGGAGGCUCCAAGAUUAAGGAGAUGAGGGAGUCCACAGGUGCUCAGGUGCAGGUGGCGGGGGACAUGCUGCCCAACUCUACAGAGCGUGCAGUGACCAUCUCUGGGACCCCUGAGGCCAUCAUCCAGUGUGUCAAACAAAUAUGUGUGGUUAUGCUAGAGAUGAUUUCAGUUUUUGGCCUGGAGAGACCCCGCCCACAGUCCCCACCGAAAGGUGCAACCAUUCCCUACCGCCCAAAGCCCGCCUCCACCCCCGUCAUUUUUUCAGGUGGCCAGGUAAGAGCCGAUCCUCUGGCGGCGUCCGCAGCAAACCUCAGCCUCUUACUGCAGCACCAGCCACUGCCUGCCUACACCAUUCAGGGACAGUAUGCCAUCCCUCACCCAGAUCAGUUGACCAAGCUCCACCAGUUGGCUAUGCAGCAAACUCCCUUUACUCCCCUUGGACAGACCACCCCUGCUUUCCCUGGUUUGGAUGCCAGCCCCCCGGCCAGUACUCAUGAACUCACCAUUCCCAAUGAUCUAAUAGGCUGUAUAAUCGGGCGCCAGGGAACCAAAAUCAACGAGAUCCGACAGAUGUCUGGAGCGCAGAUCAAAAUCGCUAACGCCAUGGAAGGGUCAUCAGAGCGUCAGAUCACCAUCACAGGAACCCCCGCCAACAUCAGCCUCGCCCAAUACCUCAUCAACGCAAGGUUCAGAGAUGUAGCAGCCAUGUGGAGUGACCCCUCGUCCAUGUCUACAUCCUGAAGCCCCAAACCGACUCCAUCAUCUGCAGCUUUCAGCAGGCUCCUCCCUCGGACCCAUCCUGCACCUCUCAUCCGUCCUGGCCCAGUUAACCAUGCCCACUUAACCACACCCAGUUAUCUGUCCACCUGACAAUCAACCUCCAGCAGCUGUCCUCCUGGUGUGAGGAGGCAGCUGCUAAAAUGGAGACAAAAUGAUGUCGUUUCGUUUUGUUCUUGUAGUGCUUUAGUUUAGUAUUUCCGCAUGCCAAACUCUUAGGAUCCAGCUGUGUUAUUCUUUGACUCCUGUUUGCUUGUAUUGCUGAGUAGGGUUGUUAAGUCUUGCAAUUCCCUUGGCCUUUGCCAAGAAAAUAACAUAUAAAAAA